AUGGAGUUAUUCAGAGAUCUUCCAAAGGAAUUGGUAGAGGAGGAGAUACUGACUCGUGUCCCGGCUACGUAUCUGAAAGGAUUGGGAUCUACUUGUAAACUGUGGAACCGUUUGUUUAACGGUGACCGGAGAUUCGCGAGGAACCACAGUGACAAAGCCGCGAAGCAGUUUCUGGGUCUCAUCUCGACGAGGGCCUUCAGGAUUUGUCCGAUAAUCGUCGAUCUCGACGGAAAGGUUCCAACUUUCGAGGUAAAAACAGAGCUUAGCCUAGUGGAUCCGCAUUCUAAGUAUCCCGGAGCUCAAUUCAAUGUGGGCGCGAUCUUUCACUGUGACGGCCUCUUGUUAUGCACCUCCGUGGACGAGUCUAGAUUCGUGGUUUGGAACCCGUUAACCGGUGAAACCAGGUGGUUCCAACCCAGCUGUCGUGGCACGAGAGGCCGCGGCUUUGCCCUCGGAUACGGCGAGAACAAAACCUACAAAAUCUUGAGCUAUUAUAAUGAGAAAGAUUUUGAAGUCUACGAGUUCAGCUCUGAUUCGUGGAGGGUUGUUGAUGAUAUCAUGCCUCCAGGCUGGACCCUUGAUUACUCCGAUGCAAGCGUGUCUUUGAAGGGAAGUACUUACUUGUUCGGUUACGGUAAAGACGAAUCAAAAACGCAAUCCAUCGAGUCCUUGGUCAAAUUUGAUUUCUCAACAGAGAAAUGUGUGCUUGUGCCGCUUCCCUAUCAGUGUAAAGAUAGACUUUUUCAAGCUGCUUGUGUUUCCGUUGUUAAAGACGAGAAGCUCUCGGUCUUGUUACAGAUCGAAGAUACAUCCAAGACUGAGAUAUGGGUGUCAAAUAAGGUUGAUGAGACUGAGACCACCCAAGUGGUGUCAUGGAACAAGGUCUUAUCAUUGGACCUGAGCCCUGAUCUUCAACUUUGUGAGGAUGCAAAGUUCUUGCUCGACGAGGAGAAGAAGGCCGUCGUGAUUUCUAUGAAUUGGAUGGACUAUGAAGACCAGGUAGCGGCAGGGACCAGGAGCAAAGAGAUGAUAUACAUUGUUGGGGAGGACAGUGAAGUCACACAAGUGGAUUUUGGAAUGGAGAGAACGUCUCCAUGUCUGGUAGGUAUCCUAAAUUAUGUUCCGAGUUUGGUUCAAAUGGAGCAAGCUGGAGGCAAAAGGAAAAGAUGGACCUUUGAUAUGUAA